CUCGACCGUCUGUCUCAUUGCGUUUCUUUCACACAACUCCAUGCAGGGUCUCAUCUCCGUUUCCCUUCUUCGGUUCAACUAUAAAGACCUUCGCUCUCCUCCACACACCUAGGCGAUUCUCAUUCAAUCGACUCGAAUUUGCUAUCGUGUCUGGCAGAAAGUCCACCAAGGCGUCUAGAAACAGAACGAAGGCCGAUGCAGAUGAUCAGUCAAAUCCUCCACCCAACUCGAGUAUGGUUGACGCCAAAUCACCCGAUGUCAAGCCAAAGGCCAAAAUGCCUAGUAAAAACACCAAGACUAUCCCUUCUUCGAAAGCUCUCGGCAAGCAAGUAAUGGGUCGCUACAAUCCCGCCGUAGAUUCAGACACGGAAGAAAUCAUCGACGUCGCUCAACCUACUGGCACUGAGCCCAAUGCUUCUGCAAGCAAGAUAAGAAGCUCCAACAAUGACAAUGGAGAGCCCCUUGCCCCUGUUACCGAUGGCGAGGAUGUAUCCGCAGAACACUCAGACGGCAGUGCAAAAGCCGACUCCAGCAUCUUUCCCAUCAAGCCCAAGAUAUGUGUAAAGAAAGGCAAAGCUGCUGCAAAGAAAGACGAUACAACUCCUGCCCCUGAGGUUGAGCCAAAACUAAUGCACAGUUCAUCUGCAUACGUACAUGAUCGCCCAACUUGGUCCACAACACGUCAAGCACUCAAUUUUCCUGUUGUUGGACCAAACUCAACGCACAGUCCAUUCGUAUCGAGAUGCUUCCAGCCCCGAAUUGUUCCCAAGAAGAUUGAAGGGCCUACUGACCCUGCAAUCAAGCCCUCGAAGAGCACCCAAUACCCAUCGUCUCCUCAGACCGUCGCAGAUACCCUGCCAAAGAAGACCACAGCACCUCCUGCCCCUGAGGUUAAAUACUCUUCGAUCGAGAACCCAAUCCCUACCAAAAUUAGACCCUCCGAUCCCAGACACAAUCGCUUUCUCGGUCCUGUCAAUCAGAUCGUAUCCCGUGAUCGUGGUACGACUGAUGAAGACACCGCAAUGACUGAUUUCGACGGUCCUGUGCCAAGAAGAUCAGACACCAGAAAUCCCUAUGGUUACCCUGACCCAUCACGUUCGGUUCCUGUGGACGAGGAAGGUAAUCCUACGAGCUACUACUCACGUCUAGAUGGUGGUACUCAGACCUUGAAAUUCGUGGAGCAGGAAGGAUCUGACGGCAAUCCUUCUGGCUUGCGUGCUGAGAUGACAGAGGUGGAACGCGUCAAGCCCACUGCCACCUAUGCCUGUAAGAGCGACAAGCGAUGCAAGAAGAAGGAUUGCCCUAAGCAUGGCAAGAAGUAGAGGCCGACCACAAUUGGUCUCUCGAGGACGAGAAUAGGAGAUGAAAAUUGUUUCUGCAUCCAGAUAGCUUUGAAUGCUAGAGUGCGCCGGUGAGUGAGAGAGUGAUGGAGGGUCU